UCGGAGGAGGGCGGCUCGGCUCGGCGGCGGCGGCGCUCUCGGCACGGGUGAAAAUCUCCAGUGUCCGGUGGCGUCCGGGUGUCGCUCGCAGCGCCUGAGGCCGCCGGCCACCAGAGCCCAUUGGCUGCCUUUCUCGAUGGCCACCGACCUAAGGGGUACACGGCACGAGGUAACCGGCGCGCUGUCGGUGGUCAGAGGCGUCCCGGACGGCGGGGGGAGAGGUGGCAGUCGACGAGCCGCCGGCGACCGGUGGUGAUAGGGACUCGGAGGACCGGCCAGGAUACAGAGGAACGACAGGAUGUCUCCCUCUCCACUGCUCUUAGGAUGUCUCCUAGCGGUUAUGAUGACCCCAAUUGCCACAUCUGACCUCGAAGACCUCUACCGACAUAACGUUAAUGCCACAUCAGCAGGAAAUGAGUCACACAGCCGCGAGAAGCGGUUCAUCGCCUACAACUACGACGAGAAGCGGAUAACGUUCCCGCCCGGCACGGUGUUCGUGCUGACGCCGACUCUGCUGGUGCCCUUCCUGAGGAACCUGCCCGACGGCUACUCAUCUGACAUGACCAUCUCGGUGCCGUUCAAAAUGACGUUCGACGACUUCGGGAUCACGGACGAGUUCAACCCGUGGGGUCUGAUCCCGGGCAUCUCAAUCACGGCCGGUCGUGAAAACGCGGGCGAGGAGGGCAGAGAGAACGACGGACAGGACCCCGCCGCUGCCGACGGUGGAGGCGAGGGAGACGGUCAGGCGCCGGCCGACUAUGAUUACCCCGACUACCCGACCGGGGCUAGCGGCUCGGGGGCGAGCGGAGCGGCAGGACAUGCUGGACAGCCUGCCGGACAUCCUGCCGGACAGCCUGCCGGACAGCCUGCCGGACAGCCUGCGGGACAUCCUGCGGGACACCCCGCGGGGCACCCUGCCGGACAGCCCGCCGGACAUGGUGGUCAGAGUGCGGGACACUCGGACGGUCUGGGCGGGUUUCUGGCCGUGUUCGGAGGCGGUGGACACAACGGACACGGUGGAUACGGCGGUGGAUACAGCGGUGGACACGGUGGAUACGGAUCCAGCGAGCAGGCCAACCACUACUACCGCACGGCACGCUCCCACCAGCACCACCGCGAGGAGCACCAGCACCGGCGCUUCAAGAGGAGCCGCGAGAACUACAACCCGCACCCGCUGGGUGACAGGCUGGUCAUGUUUGAGAUGAUCGAGGACUACCUGGGAAACCUGGGCCACGACGGAAAGGCCUGCCUGCUCCGCGCCAUCUGCGAGACCAAUGAGCACCCACUGCCCUACCACGGCCUCUUCGGAGAGUUUCUGCAGAUGCUGUUCAGGGUGAGUCUCUCACCGUUCGCCGAAGACGUGCUCCCCGAGUAUGUGAGAGCGGAGAAGACCGGCAGAGAGCGGGGCGCCUGCUACGAGUACUACCGCGACUGCAAGAAGUCGCUCUACUCCACGGUCACAGAGAACAAGUACAGGCGGCCUGCGAAUCUGAAACACAUCAAGGAGCGAAUGGAGUCGUCGGAGAGCCUGCGAAGGCUGACCACCAACAGCCUCGGAAGAAUGUAAGUCUAGCGGGGAGCCUGCCAGCGCGAAGCUAAUGGCAACACUUACAGCACAGGACAACAGUACAGCAGAGCUGUGAGUCACCUGACUGAAGAGUAGCCGCCGGAGACAGUACAUCAUCGAGCAUUUGUCAGCGUGUGUGAACUGCGAAGCGAGGAGCAGCUUGCCAACUUAGCCCGAGCUGCGUCCGAGUUAUGAUCAAUAGCGAGCAGUCGAUGCCUGCUGAGACCCAGAUGUUCACUAUAGAAUACUCCAAGAAUACUCAACCGCAAUGAUAUUUAGUUAUCUCGGACUUUUAGAAAGGCGUCCGUCCAAGAGUACACGACCAUAUCGAUUGCAAGUUUCGCCAUAACCACACAUUUGUUGGUGUUAUCAAUGCUUUGUCGCCGAAUGCCGCAGUAGUUCCACUUGUUUGUUUCUAAAUGCUCGCACUGUCGUGCUGCUGCUAUCAUAUCAUACAACACCCUCGUGAGCUUCAGGAAAACUUCAAUCGUCACUAGAAGUGAAACAAAGUGCAACUAGCGGACCCUGACAACACUCAAGGACCGCACUGAGUCGCAAAAGGGUCAGAGAAGAUUCACAGCUCCGAGAAGCGCAUUGAAACCGCAGCCGUUGCCAUAGGUAUACGGAUCAAAAUGGUGUGCCAAUCAACUGCAGGGAUGUGUUUGCGCGAGUGAUGAACAAUUGUAGGACGAAACUGCGGCCUGGUAGUAUUAAUGAGUGUAUGUGUGUAUGUUAAUUGUUACGAUAGGGAUAGGGAUUGUUACGCUACAAUUGUUACCAUUGUUACGAUAGGGAUUGCUUCCAGCGACAACUCUACAUUGUUAAAACGCUAUUCGGGUAAACGAUCUGCUGUGAUGCAUUGGUGGGAUGAAACGUUGGAAUAUGGUUUGGCUGCGCAUGCUUUUAUGUAACUUUAAUUGACUCUAAAAAAAUAAGCGACGCAUCUGUGGUCAUCGAAGUUGUUAGGUCUCCGGACAUCUUUUUUCAUAUGAGCCUUCUAACUCAUGGCUUAGCUCUCUGCGGGACAAUUAACUCGACAGACAUAUCAAUCAUUGUUACGAGUUGUUCCUGUUACCUUUGUUACGGUCAUACCAGCGUGCAGCGCCAAUUGAUGUUUGUUGUUACGGAUACUUGUUCUGUUAUCUAAUUUUAAAGUAUUCUGUUACGGUGAAAUAAGUACGUGUUUUGAUGGAGUUGUUUGUUGUUAUCCAUACUAUAGUGUGUAGACGUUAGAUGACAUCUCAUCCGCUGAUGAUGUGAGAUAUAAACAAUUACUGUGACAA